AUGUCUUCACAAUACAUACCAAUUCCCACUGGACUUGGUACCGAACCCAUUUCUCCCCCUCUUUCCCCUCCCAAUAAUUGUGCAAUGGAAAGCCCAACUUAUCUCGACGGUACGAACGACUCGAAUUCAUCUCACGAGGGGUCAAAAAUUUCGGUACAAGAUUGCCCAACGACACCAACACCCAAAGUCGAUUUUGGUGAACGUAAUUCAAAGCGUCCGAACAGAUAUCGAUUCAAAUUCUGCGACAUCCCCGCCGAACUCCUGGAAAUCAUCAAGACCUCAGAGGCGCAGAAGAAUGGAAAGACCUCUUUCUCUGCCAUAAUUGCGGCGGGAAAUUCGUCCAUAAGCUCCGACUUGGCGGGUAAUACAAAGGAUAUAAACAGCAUUCCACCUACUACAUCAAUCUCGGCAGAUGUACUUACCGCAUCUCCCAACAAUGAUAACAAUGAUCGUGUGACCCUUCCUACGCCUAUUCAAACACAAUCCCAGUCAAAUAUUGGUGCUAAAGGUUCCAUAAAGAUUUCUGGUGAAAAACGCCAUAGGGUCAGGAAAAACCCUUACCCCAAAAGAUCGCCGUCAAAAUCUUCGCCCGGAAUAACAUUUUUCGUAGACAUAUUCACGCCACUCAAGGAGAAUCCCAAGGCACUGCUGUUUGAUGAUGACUCGUCGCCACCACAUGACAAUUCUUCACCUCUAAUGCUCUCUGAUGACGUAUUCUCCUCUUCCGAAUCAAUGUCGGAAGGAA